AUGAGGGUAUCCGCCAUCGCCUGCGGGCUUCUUGCCUGUUUCGUUUCUCAGGUUGCCGCUACGGCAUUGACCUACAAGCUCCACGCCAGCGAGAAGGCCUGCUUCUAUGCCAAGACCCAGAAGGAGAACGAGAAGAUUGCUUUCUACUUUGCGGUCCAAUCUGGUGGCUCUUUCGACGUCGACUACGUCGUGACAGGACCGGGCAACAAGAUCAUCCUGGACGGAUCUAAGGAGCGCCAGGGUGACUUUGUCUUCACUGCCCAACAGCUGGGCGAUUACGAGUUCUGCUUUAACAACGAGAUGAGUACAUUUGCCGAGAAGUUUGUCGACUUUGAGAUUGCCGUCGAAAACGAAGUUCGCGCCCAGCUCCCCGCUAAGCAGGGUGCCUCCCCCGAACAGCACUCUACCCUCGAGGAAACCAUCUUCAAGCUCUCCGGCCAGCUUUCGACCAUUGCGAGAGGCCAAAAGUACUUCCGCACCAGAGAGAACCGAAACUUCAGCACCGUCCGCAGCACAGAGGGCCGCAUCAUCAACUUUAGCAUGAUCCAGUGCGCUCUAAUUGUGCUCAUGGGAGCUCUGCAAGUGUUUAUUGUUCGCUUCUUCUUCCAGGGAGCUCGCAAGGGCUACGUAUGA